CCCUAAUCCUAAGCAUACAGGCAGAAUACAUACUACACACAAAAAAAAAGAAAAAGAACCCCGUCGGUCUCCUCCUCUCCCUACUCUCUUCAACAAUUCCUUCGUCGUCCCCAAAUCUUCCGCCGCCGGCGCGCCGCUCCUUCUCCCUAAAUCGCCCCAACCUGAAUCAUCCCCCAAUUACCAAAUCGUCUUCUCCGGUUCAAGUAGCUGCGUCUGCGACUCCUUGUUGCCGGUCGUCGAUUCGUCAGUCGAGGGCUGAGCUUGGAGGUUUUGGCCGGGCACACGGUUGUUCACCAUCAAGGGAGAAAGUCUUCUCCCAAUUUUUCGUCUCUCCCAAAAUCUAAGUUCCAUUAUCAAGGUAUAAUCAAUAAAAUUCCAGUAUGGAUUCUGAAGUCGACCAUUAUAGUGUUCUGGGAUUGCCGUCUGGCGAGGAAGGUUCCAAGCUUACCGAUCAAGAGAUCAACAAAGCCUACCGAUCCAAGGCCCGCGAGCUGCAUCCCGACAAGAGGCGUGACGACCCUAAUGCGCACGCCAAUUUUCUAAAGCUCCAGACUUCGUAUGAAGUCCUCAAGGACGAAAAGGCCCGUAAAUUGUUCGACGACCUACUCAGAGUGAAAAGAGAAAAGCUCAAACGUCAGGGGCAACAAGAUUCCAAGCGCCGGAAGAUGAUGUCAGAUCUCGAGGAAAGGGAGAGGUCUGCUUUCGCCGUGGACCCCACAGUGAGAGCUCGGGAGGAAGAGGAGAUGAUAUCCCGAAAGCUGAAGGAUGAGAUCAAUAGAAUUCGAGCAAUGCACAAGAAGACUAUGCCGGAUGAUGCAAAGCCUUUUGGGGGAGAUUUGAGAGAAAAGGGAAAAGAAGGAGGUGAUGGUAGGGGUGUGGCAUUGGAUAAGGAGAAGGUUCUUAAAGUGUCGUGGGAGAAGGUUGGAAAAGAGUACACGGCUCAGGGGCUUAGGGAAAUUUUCGAGGAAUUUGGUGGUGUGGAAGAUGUGGUCAUCAAGAGCUCCAAGAAGAAAGGGUCGGCUCUUGUGGUGAUGGCGUCCAAGGAUGGUGCCGUUGCUGCUAUUGGGAAUGUGUUGGGUAAUCUUUCGAAUCCUUUGUUAGUUUUGCCUCUACAACCGGCAGCAUCACCAGUCGUUUUUAGUGCGGAUAAAAAUGAGGCCGAUGGCCCAAAACUGAGCAAUCUUGUUGGUGCUGGAUAUCAGGCACGCGAAGAUUCGAUUCUCGAGAAAAUGAGAAAGGCUGCACAGAGGCAGAAGUGACACCUGAGAUGAAUAGUUCUGACAACAGGUAGCAAUUCGGAAAAAUUGUAUACAUUACAGUAGCCAUCGAUCGAAAGUGUUGGGUUUGCCUAUGACAAUCAUAGGGUUCUUCAUAUUUUGUCACAAGUCAUAACACUUUCAUUUCAUGUUUGUAAGGAUAGCAAUACUUUUGCAGUAAUUCAAUGCCGGAGGGAUAUGAUAUUUCCAGAAUGAGUAUAUUUCUGCUGUUAAGCUCUUGAAAUUAGCAGCCGUAUGUAUAAUUGGUGUAUCAUAUCAUAUACAAUCAUAUAAAUAUUUAACGAGACAGAUUUAUACACAGAUUUGUUAUUGGGAAUUGAGAGCUGAAUUGCAUCUUCGUGGUAUGUAGUGCAACUGUUGCAGAUUAUAUUGAUUACUAGCACAUUAUGUCUUAGCA